AUGUACUUUCUGCUCAUGCAGCUUUCGUUCGCGAUUGCAGACACUGACAAAUCGUGUCAUGGAAGAAAAAUUGACGCUGGCACAACUGUCGUCCUCUCUUCGGACGAUUACAGAGACAUUUCGACUAGCUCAAGUCCAUGCAAGAUCUCAGUGGAAAGCCUUGCCGGAACCGAUCUGAUGGUGUCGAUCUCCACCACAUCUUCAAUCUCACUCCGACAUCCAGUGAGCUCUGAGGAGCUUACAAUUAAGGACAAGGAGCAAGUACUUGUUGUAAGGCAAGAACCAAAGGUUUACAAGCUCUUCUCUAGUCCGAUUAGCGUUGAGAUACCGUCUGGCUUAAGCUUCAGAGCUGUUAUAGUCGUUUCUGUACUCACUACCUGUGAUCUAAAUACCUUCCAAUGUGGAAGACGCUGCGAUUUUUCAAAAGGAUAUAAUUGCUCUUUCGCUUGCCUGCAGAGAUCCCUACUAUGCGAUUCAGUUGAUAGUUGCGGUAUAGACGAAGCAGAAUGCCACUAUCCAGUCAUUCAAACCGGAUGGCGCCUCCUUUCGAUAUCACAAUAUUCUGACAUCGAGCCGGCUGAUGCUAGUCGGAUUUUUUGUGCUCAAUGGAUCUUUCAUAAAGAUGCCAGCGCUCAGCAGCCUAUGGAACGUUCAGUAUCAUCAGAAAACAAACGAGAGCAACGAGCGUCAAUACUUGCUCGGAUAAAUUUCGAACCGCCGCCGAUUUUGCGAGAAUUCGAACCAGAAGUCGAAGAUCGUAGCGUUGAACCUCCAAAAGAAGAUAUCUGUUGUCUGCCGGCUUAUCAAGAGUAUAAACGUCGCCAAAGCUUGCCGGCUCCGAGGGUUACGGUAUGUGCGGGACGACCAAAAUGGAAAAGGACUUCGGUGGCUCACUGA